AUGUCCAACCCCUUCCACCGUCUCCGCAAGAGUCGGUCUCUUGGCAGCCGCGACGACGUCGAGAUCAAAGAACGACGCAGCAGCAUCUUCCGACGUCACGGACGAUGCAGCACUGGCGACGAAGUCGUCGAGUUCAUGCGGCCACGGGACACGAUCGUCACCCGCGUGAGCGAGUGCUCGGAAAGUCCGAUCGAGAACCGACGUCGACACCGUCGGAACCUCAUGAGCGACGAGCCGCCACAAUGCAAUGGGGCUCCAAUGGAGCCAUCACCAGUGCCGCCUCAAGUUGCGGAACGUCCUUAUCCACGCAGGGAACAAUGGGUCGACCGUCCUUCCUAUCCACGGAAGGGACAAUGGGUCGAACGACCUCACCCCUCACGCGAGCAACAGUGGGGAGGCCGCCACUUCCCCCGUGAACAUCCGUGCGUUGGUCGGUUCUACCCUCGCGAGUAUCAAAUGGUCGGGGGCCGCAUCUACCCCCGCGAGUACAUGCCGAUGGGGGGACCCAUGUACGCCCGCGAACGUCAAUGUAGUGGAGGCCGGUUCUACCCCCGCGAGCAAUGCAGACUAGUCUACUGA